AUGGCCGAAAACAAGUUUGCCGAGAUUGACAGCGAUAGCUUUCCUUACGUCUUUAUGAAAAAUGUGGAAAUUCCACUGAAGACAUAUGAGAAGGGGCUCCUCCGGUGCAACGUUUAUCUUCCUAAGGAUUCCGCUCCUUUUGGACCUAAGACCUACCCGGUUAUUGCCACUUACGGCCCUUAUGGCAAGGAUGUUCCGUACGAGAGCUUUUUCAAGAAGAGCUGGGACCAGGUCAACCCAGAAAUGAAAUCGGCCCAUUCAUCCUGGGAAACCCCUGACCCAGGCUUUUGGACUGGCAAGGGAUACAUUGUCGUCCGCACCGACGAGCGAGGCUCCGGUCAAAGCCCCGGGGAGCUCGACACCAUGUCGCGCGGUACAAGUGAUGCUUUCUUUGAUGUCAUCGAGUGGGCCGCUGAACAGGAAUGGUCGUCCGGCAGGGUGGGUUUGCUGGGGAUCAGUUACUACGCUGGCACCCAGUGGCGAGUGGCCGCUCGCCAGCCAAAGGGUCUGUCAGCUAUUAUUCCUUGGGAGGGCAUGAGUGACUACUACCGCGACCGAGUUCGCCACGGCGGUAUUUUGUCUGAUCGGUUCAUUGUCCUUGCCCUGGUAGACUUCUGGUGGAAUAACGGUGUUCAACCGAAUCAGUACGGAAUACCGGGUCGCGCCGCUCGGAAAUGGGGUGAUGACACCCUCGAGGGUGACCUAGAUUCCGAGACGUUGGUUCGUAACCGUCGCGACCAGACCCUGGACACUGCCAUCCAUAAGUAUAUGGAUGAGGAGUACUAUAAAACAAGGAACUUUGACCUUUCUAGCAUCCAAGUUCCUCUGUUGAGCGUUGCCAACUGGGGUGGCAUCCUGCUUCAUUUGCGUGGAAAUGUCAUUGGGUGGAUGCGCGCAUCGUCGCCUUACAAGUUCUUGCGUUUUAUCGUCGGGCGUCACGAUUUGCCUUUUUACUACCCUCAUUCGGCCAAGCUGCAACUCUCGUUCCUGGACGCCUUCCUAAAAGACAACGACUACGACGGCUGGAAGUCGGGCCAGCAGCCUCGCGUUCAUGUCUGUUUGCGCAAAGGUAACUGUGGAGUGGAUGAUCCCGAGCGUGAAUUGAACUUCCCUAGUCGUGCCGAGCCCGACUGGCCGAUCCCAGACACGCAGUACACCAAGUUCUUUCUCACGGCAGAACAGACUCUGUCUCAAAAGCCGACUCCGGCCAAUGCCGCCUGCACAUAUGACGCGCUCAAUGGAAGCCCUGUCACUUUCGAGUACAAAUCCCCAAGAAGCCUCGAAAUUACCGGCCAUACAUUGGUCCACUUGACGGUUUCGUGCUCUCGGUCCAGUCCUGAUGCUUUACCCCCAACUGAAAUUGACUUGUUCGUCACACUGCGCAAGCUGAAUGCCGACGGCGAAGAAGUAUUUUACACCGGGACCAUGGGUGAUCCCGUGCCAAUUGUCAAAGGCUGGCUACGUACUUCGCUACGGAAAGUUAAUUACAGCCAUCCCUUCAAUCGAGAUAUCUUGCCGUAUCGAGACUACUUCCGCAGUGAUGUACAGCCCGUGAAGGAAGACGAAAAGUAUGAGGUUGACGUGGAGGUGUGGCCGACCAACACUAUUCUGGAGCCUAAGGAAACGCUGGUGCUUGAAAUUGCGGGCCAUGAUACUCAGGGCGUGGGUAAAUUCUCCCACGAGCACCCUGAAGAUCGUGACCCCAAAGCGCUGGGCGGACUCAACCACAUCGAGGUGGGCCAGGAGAACAGCUGGGUUGUGCUUCCUGUCAUCCCACCCAGAUAG